AUGUGUUUGCUGCUCGGUGCGACCGGUGUUGGAAAGACGCUGCUCUUGAAACGUUUACAGAAUAUCCUUUCAAACUAGCCAUCAUUGAGAUUAAUGUAGCAAGCAAGCAAGAUAAUAAGCUAGCUAGCUAACGUUAGCAAUUAUGACCAUGGCUGCAUCUCAAUAAUGUUUUGGCUUCCUUUCCUCGUAUCCUCUUCUUCAUCUGCUUGGAGUCUGAUUACAGUUUUCCAAUACACAUCCACCAUAUUCUUCUUCUCACUUAUCCUAUGUUUUAAUAUCAGUGCAAAUGAAGGAGAGGAGACCGGAAGAGGGGGCCGCUGUUGACUAUUGAGAAGACGCAGCCCAUGUCUCACUCCAACAUGUAUCUUCAGAGGACAUUUCCAUGCCAUCCUGUCUCAUAAAUAACAACCGCUAACGUCACAGUGUCUAUUUAAUCACCCUUAACAGACGAUUCACAGCUCAGUUUGAGAGAUGGGACAACUGAUUUAGGGGAACCCCCUGUUACUCUACCUACGGUGAGUCCAUUCAGUAUUCACCACAGUGAUUGUUGCGUCAGUCACCAUUCGAGGGUGUCUUUAAAACAGAAAAGGAAUAUUCUAGACUACUAUUAUGUAUCCCUCUAUUACAGGUGGGCACCAACCUGACAGACCUGACUCUGAAGAGGAAGAGGGUGACCGUGAGAGAGCUGGGAGGCUGUAUGGGACCUAUCUGGCCCAGCUACUAUACGGACUGCUCCUCUGUCAUCGUGAGUCCAGAACCACAUCCAUACAGUGUAUAAGUCGAGUUAAUAUAUCUACUCUAAAGAAGAAGAUGAUGACAGUGUGAGAGCUGGGGGAGGGAGGCAGGCAGGCAGGCAAUCUGGUCCAGAUACUACCUACACUGAAUGCUCCUCUGUUAUUGUCCAUAGACAUUUUAUAAAUUAAACCUUUUAUGGAUUCAGGUUUGUCCAAUUGAGAUCAAAUCUCUUUAGCAAGAGAGCCCUGGUCCAAGAUAGCAGUAGCAUGAGAACCACGUCAUGACUCCUAUAUAGGAAGACGUUUCUCUCAAUUUGGGAAUAAUUCAUUGUAAGUGCUUGGAAUGAUCUCAAUAAUACUUUGUACACAUAAUACAUUGAUUGUGAAGUUUAAUGCAAAAAUAGUAAAUAUUUCUAUAUGAUUAAUAAGCAAAGCUCCUCUGAUCAAAAAUAGAGAUCAACCAGAGGUUUGAAUAGGCUAAUAUCACUGCAAUACAUGGUAGACCAUCAGCCCACUGAACUGGGAGAUCAUCUGUGCAUUCUGCAUAAUUUCAGGCUUGUCGACUGCAGGCAUGAAUGAUUUAAAAUAAAAGAAUUGUUGUUUGUCCUCUAUAUAGUUCAUGGUGGACUCUGCCAACACCACCCAGAUCUCGUCCUCCUGUAUCCAGCUCCUGUCUGUCCUCUCUGCUGAACCUCUCCACACAGCCUCUGUCCUGGUUAUCUUCAACAAGAGGUCUUGUAGUAACACAGACACUACAAAUUCUCUGGACAAGAUCAGUGUAUUUUAUAGGUGAAACAUUCAGAAAGUUCCAGAUAGAAAUGUAAUGAAUAGAUGUGACAUGAUCCCCUAUUUUCUACAUGACAGACAAUCAGGUUUAUUCAGCACAAUACAGUUCUAUCUGAAUGUUUUGCAACAUUGCACCUUACUAGACAGACCCCUGGCUACGAAACAGACGUAUCUAAUUCCUCCCAAUAUACUCCCACUUUAAAUGCUUUUUUCCCAAACAGACAGUUUCUCUCCCUCCCUGCAACGUUCCUGA